AUGAAUGGCUUAUGCGUGUAUGGAAUUAGAGUUUCCAUAAGGAGCACCUCAGCAGUGCAAUUACUACGACGAUCCGUUAGUAGAGGAAGAUUAACCAAUGCAUCAUCACCACUAUAUAUGUCAAGACGUCAUAAUUCAACCAAUCAACAACAGGCAUUACUAGACCCACAAGAUAGAAUCAACUAUAUUAAACUGUUAAAACUGAGGAAAGAAGUUAGAAAAUAUUUAAAUCGAAUUUGUAAAUCGAAAAAUAUCAAUUUCAUUAAAGAAUCAAUUGAAUAUCAAGGUGAAUCAAUACUACAAAGAAUUCCUAAAGAUUUUUUAUAUCAAGAUAUAUGUAAUUUAAUACUUGAAGGUGACUCGAAAACGUUGGAUAGAAUAAGUUUAAAGAAUAUAAUUAAUCAUGUCACUGUGGAUGUGGGACCAACAGAAGGAAGAGAUAAGAGUAAUACCUCUUCAUCUUCUAUUGUUGAAUAUAUUGAUGAGUUUUUAUUAAUAUUGAUAAACGAAGGAGAAUACUUGAAAGCCACUAAAUAUAUGAUUCAAUUUAUUCGAAAAUUUAAAGAUCAAUUCAAAGUACCAAUUAUACAAUAUGAGACAUUUCAAUAUUUACUUAAGCUGAUUGAAUUGAAUAGUAGUGUUGAUGAAUUAACUCCAAUUAAUUAUGGAUUAUUACAACUUUGUGUCAAUCAUUAUCAAGGGAUUAAAGAUUUUGAAUAUGAUGAAAUGUUAUUACUUUUCAGAAUUUUCACUAAAAAUGUUAUUCAUGGGAAUUAUUUUAGUAAUUAUUAUUAUGAUUGGUUAUUGAUCAGAAAUCAGAAAUUAUUGAAUUUUACAACUAAUAAAAAAUAUGUGAAACAAUAUUUCCAAAUUCUAUGUCAAAUGUUGCAAACAAAUCUUGUUAAUUUGAAUGCUAAUCGAUGUUUCAAAAUUUGGGAAGAUAAUCAAGAAUUUAUAAUUGUUAAUAUUAGUGAAAAUGAAAAUGAUAUCGAUGAAAAACUUUUAAAUGAAUUUCUAGAUAUAAUGACAGAUAUAUUUAAACUUUGGACAGAUGAAAAUCAACCAAUUUUUAAGCCUGACAUUGCCAUAAUACUUGAAAAAUUGACCAAAAUUGAUAGAAUUAGCAAUAAAGAUAAAUUUAUAAAUUUUAAAUUAGAGUUUUAUGGAACGAUAUUUAGAAAUAACACAAGUUUUGAAAGAAUAAUUACUAAUCAAUUGAAUACACCCAAACCUAGUGGUAAAGAUCUGGAUGGUAUAAUUAUCAAUAAGAAAUUUAUAAAUCGAAGUAAUUUAAGUCAUUUAUUUGUUGGAUUUUUAAAUUUAAAUGAUGAAACCAAUUCUAAUAAAAUUUUAGAAACUAUUCAUAAACAAAACAAUACUACCAACAACACCAAUAAUACUAGUAAUUCAUUUUUAAAUCAAUAUGAACUUAAUGGUAUUAUUAAAAAAUUAUUGACCAAUCAUAAUGAUAUAAUUAAAUCAUUACAAAUAAUUGAAAAUUUAUCCUGGAAUCAUUGUAAAUGGAGUUAUUUUGAAAUAUUUAAAUAUAUUUUAAUUGAAGCUAGAAGUCAUCAAAAGCAAGAUGUGGAAACAUUUUUAAAAGAUUUCCAAUUAAGAAUUAUUGAAAAUUUUAAAGAUGAAAUUUUUUUCGAAGAAUUGACAAUACUUAUAUUGAAACAUAUAGCAAUUAUGGAUCUUCGAGAUGGUAUUAGAUUAUAUAAUAAGAUUUUGAAAUUAUCCAACAAUACUAAUGUUAUUGCCACCACCACCACCACCACUAAUAAAAAUAGGAGAUCACCACAAUCAUUUACCAACUCCAACACCAUUGCCACUAAGGGGAAUUUAAACACCAAUGAUUUAUCAUUAUUUGAAUAUUUAAAUAUUGAUGAAAUAUUUGAUAGAUAUACUUUAAAAUCAACUGAUAAAAGAUUGAGGAAACUUUUAAUACCUAAUGAAAGAAUUAAAUAUUUACCUGAUUGGUUAAUUGAUAAAAAUUAUUUGAAAUUAAUAAACAAAACUAGUAUGAUCAAAAUUUGUCACCAUUUAUUAAUUCAAUCAGUUGUUGAAAAAGAUUAUUAUUGUAUAAUUUGGUUAUUUGAUGAAAUGAGGAAAUUUGGUUGGAGUGUUGAAGAUAUUUUGUGGGUAUGUGAAUCUUAUGAUUCAGAAGAUUUUUUGAAAGAGAUAAUCAAUGAGAAAGUCUUAUCAAGUAUAAAAUGA